AUGGCGUCCGAAGCCUCAAACCAGUGGCUCUUUACUGAUGCCGAACUUGUCAGCACACCCUCCGUCCUUGACGGACUACCCAUUGCAGAAGAGAGAUGCCGCAGAGCAAAGGGCGUGAACUUCAUCUUCCAAGCGGGCAUUCUUCUCAAGUUGCCGCAGCUUACCCUUGCAACUGCCAGCGUAUUCUUCCAUCGUUUCUAUAUGCGCGCAAGCAUGGUGCCCGAAAAAGGCGGCCUGCACCAUUAUAAUAUCGCGGCCACGUCCCUCUUCCUUGCAACUAAGACAGAAGAAAACUGCCGCAAAACUAAGGAAAUAGUCAUCGCCGUUGCGAAAGUCGCUCAAAAGAAUGCAUCUCUCAUAAUUGAUGAGCAAUCGAAAGAAUACUGGCGAUGGCGUGACAACAUUCUUCUCUACGAGGAGCUCAUGCUCGAAUACCUUACCUUCGAUGUCGUCCUUCAAUCGCCGUACAGCUUCCUUUACAGUUUUCUACAGAAACUGCGAAUUGAAGACAAUAAACAGCUUAGAAAUGUGGCGUGGGCUUUCUUAAAUGACAGUUGCUUGACAAUGCUAUGUCUGGCUAUGUCUCCCAAAGAUAUCGCGAUAGCAGCACUCUACUUCGCCGCCAAAUUCACUGGAGAAAGGAUUCCGGAUGCUGAGAAUGGACAGGCGUGGUGGGAGCGAUUAGGUGGAAAACCAGAUUUAAUAAUCAAGGCCGUUGGAAUCAUAUAUGAGUUCUACACGGAAAAUCCGCUGAAGAGAAGCGAUAACCCUUACGCGCAAUCUCCAUCCUCGAUUGGCAAUGAGGAGGAUCUUGAAAGGACGAGGGCUAGGAACAGUUCCUCUAGCCAGGAUAUACCGAGCCCAGGGGAGAUCGCACCUUCUCAACGUUCGCAGAAUGGAAAUAUCGAGCACGCUAAUGGUUCCGAAAAUUCAGCCGCUGUGUUGAAUGGCAACAAAACCCCUGCCGAACCUUCAACGCAACCAAACGGGAACGCUAAACCAGAAUCACCCCAGGUUCAUGGUGUUCCCGAAAUCUCAGCCCCAGCAACCGCUGCCGGCACGUCGUCCAAAGCCGCGGAUGAAUCUGGGUCGUCGGACGCGGCUCUUAAAGAAGCAGCUAAUGACCCAGCGACACACGGGGAUAAUGGUCAUUCCAAUGGAAUGGCAGAGCUUCUCCCGACUGCAAACCCGACUGCUCCCGAACUGGCGAAAGCCAGCUCUAAACGCAAGGAAAUUGAAGACGCAGAAGAACCACCUGCGAAGAAGAAGGCGCCUAGCACUGAUGAUGUAGAUACAACUGUGGCGACUAUCCUGACCUCAGAGCCCACAGAAGAAGGCGAGGAGGGAGAACUAGAAGAAUAG